AUGUGUAGUCGAACCAACUCAGGGCCAAGGGUCGCGACGUUGAGUGAUAUCACCAGCGCCAGUGGAGCUGGAGCGCCGCCGAUGGGCGCGGGCUCGCAUCGCGGACACGGGCAUGGAGACGAUGGCGACGACGAUAGCGAUGAUGGCGAGCCGCAAGAAGCAGAGAGCUGGUUCGCAGGUGGCGAGCGUAGUGGCAUCUCGGUGGAGAAUCCUGAUGCGGUCAGGAAUAUUCCUGGAGGGGAUGUCGUGCGUGAUUUGCUGCGCCGUGCUGCAGAAGCAGGACCUCCUCCCGAACCUGCUCGCGGUGCCCCAGGAGCACGUCAGCCUGGCUUUUUCUCUGGCGGCGGACACACACUUGGCUCAGACGAAGUUGAAAGCACGUUCAUCCCCGACCCGACCGCUCCCGCGGAGGCGCAACAGGAACCGACCAUCCGCCACCUCACGUUCUGGCGGGACGGUUUCAGCGUAGAGGAUGGUGAGCUCUUGCGGUACGACGAUCCCGCGAACGCGCAGCUCUUGAGCGAGAUCAAUGCUGGACGCGCGCCGCUGUCGAUCCUGAAUGUCCAGCCCAACGAGCCCGUCGAGCUCCGCGUUGCCAAGCGCCUCAAUGAGGCAUACGUCCCCACCCCCAAGAGCCGCAACCUCGCCACGUUCGCAGGGAGUGGGAACCGGCUCGGCGCGCCUGUCCCAGCUGCUACGUCCGCCUCGACAUCAUCCGUGCCGAUGCCAGGGUCGUUCCCAGGCGCGAGCGGCAGCGGAGGGGCGAGCGCUGGGGCGAGGAGGGAGCCAGAAAGCGUAGGGACGAGGUUCGAGGUCGACCAGACGCUGCCCACGACGAGCGUGCAGAUUCGGUUGGCGGACGGGACGCGGCUGGUGUGCAGGAUGAACCUGACGCAUACCGUUGGGGACAUCCGAAAUUUCAUCAAUGCUGCCCGCCCCGAGAACCUGAUGCGUCCGUAUACUGUCGGCACGACGUUCCCGAAUCGCGUGCUCGAGGACAACGGCGCGACGGUCGAAGCCGCUGGCUUGGUGAACAGCGUCGUGGUGCAAAGGUGGGUGUAG